AUGUUGCAUGAGCCGACUUUCGAUCUAGAGAAGGCUUCAGAGUCUCUGGUUAAAGCCGUUACGUGCAUAGGGCUAUUAUAUGGCCAGGCAGAAUCGAGGCUUGCGGCCAGUAGAAAGCUGUUCGAGAAGUGUUACAGCUCUUUGGAAGAAUACACGAAAGAGGAUUGCAGCAGAUUCCAAGAGACGUCUGUGCUCCAAUCCUACAUACUGCUCGAGUUCUAUGGAGUCUACGUAUGCGACGACACUCUUUUGUCAAAAGCUCAAGCGAUCCAUCACGCCGUUGUUGGGGCUAUCAGAGAGUUGCAAAUGACGCACGAUGGCCACGCGUCUCGUCUCGACUCUCCGGAAGAGCCAGAAUGUAUCCCGUCAUUAGCAGCAAACAAUUCAGCAACUCUUCAGCAGCGGUGGCGGGAGUUCAUCGCGGAAGAGGAGAGAAAGAGAUGCAUAUACGCCGUCUACCUGCUGGACUCGCAGCUCUCCAUCGCCUGCAACCUGCGGCCCCAACUAUCCGCGCUCGAGAUCAAAUACCAGCUGCCGUCCGCCGACGACCUCUGGGCGGCGCCCACGGCCGAAAGCUGGGACAAGCUGCAAAAAGAGCACUUCCGCUCCUUCAACGAGCACGACGACCGCUUCGGCACCGACGAAGUCACACCCUCGCAGGGCUCGCUCCACGGCAGCACGCAGGACCUCCUCUUCAACCGGCCCGCCGACCCGCACCCACCCGCCCUCCGCCUCCUCUGGUACUCGCCCUUCGCCGCCCUCGUCCUCGUCACGCAACUCCAAAUGACAGCGCGCGAACUGACGCACGCCUCGUGCCUGCUCCUCCGCCCUAAACUAAGCCGAAACGCCGCCACCUCCGACGACAACGCCAGCCACCAGCAACAACGCCCCCUCUCCAUCCUCACCGAAGCCCAGCACGGCCAGAUCUCGCAAGCCCUCCGCAACAUCGCCGAGCUAGCGCCCCAACCCCAACACCACCGCCACCCCGCCGCCUCCUCCUCCUCGUCCUCCACCUCCUCCAACCCCCUCUCCUUCUCCUCCCCGCUCUCCACCUCCGCCACGACCGAAGGCAACCACCCCCUCUGGCACUCCUUCUGGCUAACGUGGCGCUACACCUCCCUCACGCUCUCGCACUCGGACGCGCUGCUCGUCUCGGGCGUCGUCGAGACGAACCUGCCCGCCGCCAUCGCCACGGCCGGCCACCUCGCGCGGCCGCGCCGCAAGCGGUAUCGCGACCGCUACGAGGACAGGGACGUGUUUCGCAUCCUGGUCGAUUUGGAGAGGGCGUUGGUCGGGAUAGGGAGGGGGCCGGGUUGUGGUGGGACUAGUGGUGUUGCGGUGGCGGGGGUGCCGGAGUUGGAGAAUCCGUUCUUGACGCUGCUUGCGUUUAAGAUUUCGUUGAUUGGGUGGAGGAUUGUGAGGUUGACGGCGAUGACGGCGAUGGCGGAUGAUCAGGGGGUGGCGGCGUAUGAUGGGCUGGGUAGGUGUGAUCCGUCGAGGUUUGUGUUGAGGAGUAUCAUGGCUGCGAUUGGGGAGGAUACGGGGAUGAGUGGAGAUGCUGAUGGGGGGAGGAUGAUGGAUGCUGAGGUAAGGUAUCUGAGGUGGGUGCAGGAGGCGCUGCAGAAACGGACUGUGUGGCCGGUGGGCAAGUGGGAGGCGGCAAUUGUGCAAGAGGCGGCGGCAGAGGCGGCGGAGUAUGCGGCAAUGGCGAGGGAGUGUGGUGGUGGUGGGUUGUGA